CGCACUCUCUCACAACGAAGAGGGGAAUCUGUGGUGGGGCGGAUUGGACGGUGAGACUACCAGUUUCCCAAUCUACACACACAGUCAGUAAUACUAAGAGGGUCGCGUGCGUGUCGUCUGAUAUGCAUAACGAAUCACAUCUGGGCAUAAGUAAGCAGUUUGCUCUGAAUCGCGUCGCCGCGACAUAAAAACAAUUGUUCAAUAGCGUUGGCACGAGUGUUUACUAACUACAAGUGGGUGCUUUUAUGUUGAUCAAGUGACGAAAACAGUGCAAAGUGUACGAACACGAGGACAGUGUGGACGAACGGCCCUUACAGGGCAUGGCGGCCACUACAUACCUACCGGCCAGCAGUGCAGUCACGACAGAUCUCGAAGGUAACGUCGUUGGGAUGAAUAUUGUCGCGGGUUAUCAUUCUAGUGCCUCUCCGAGGUCUGCAGCCGACGCUAACGAAAUGAAGUACUUGCCGCAACACCACCACAACCAUCACCAUCAUAUGGCUAGCUCGCCGUCGCCUAGCGGCCAUACGGCGGUAUCUUUAUCAGCGAAUCCAUGGGUCAGUUUGCAACCUGGGGCCGAUCCUUGGACGGCCUCCAUGGCUGGUAUGCACCACCCGCACCAUCAUCACCACCAAGACGUCAAACCCUUAACACAAUCCGCUGAUAUGAUGCAUCAUCAGAGACAGCAACAACAAAGUAUGGGAUCUCCUCAUGCUUGGCACGGGGCCGUUUCCUCGGCGCAUUACAAUCCAGGCGGUGCUGGAUCUCCUCUUCAGCAAUAUCAUGCUGCUAUGAACGGUAUGUUAGCUCAUCAUCAAGCGGCACCCCCUUUACAUCAUUCUCUACAUAGAGAUAUGCAAAGUCCGCAUCACCCGCAGCAUUCCGAAAGAGACGUUAGCGGAGGCGAAGACGAAACGCCUACGAGUGAUGACUUAGAAGCCUUCGCAAAACAAUUCAAACAACGACGUAUUAAACUAGGGUUUACCCAAGCAGAUGUCGGGCUAGCAUUAGGAACUCUUUAUGGUAAUGUCUUUUCUCAAACAACAAUUUGUAGAUUCGAAGCUUUGCAGCUUAGUUUCAAAAAUAUGUGCAAGUUAAAACCCCUCUUACAAAAAUGGCUGGAAGAGGCCGAUUCCACAACGGGAUCGCCCACGUCUAUAGACAAAAUAGCAGCACAGGGUAGAAAAAGGAAAAAACGCACUAGUAUAGAAGUCUCGGUAAAGGGUGCGCUAGAACAACACUUCCACAAACAACCAAAACCGUCAGCUCAAGAAAUCACUUCUCUCGCCGAUAGUUUGCAAUUAGAAAAAGAAGUCGUGCGGGUUUGGUUUUGCAAUAGGAGACAAAAGGAGAAGAGAAUGACGCCUCCGAAUACGUUAGGUGGCGACAUGAUGGACGGUAUGCCUCCGGGAAGCCACAUGCAUCCCAGCUACGGCCAUCACCAAGAUAUGCAUGGCUCGCCGAUGGGCCAGCACUCACAUUCCCAUAGUCCUCCCAUGUUAUCUCCCCAAAGUAUGGGCCAUCAGUUGACGGCCCACUAGCAUCCAGCCCACUGGGCCUCUUUACUUCACAGUGACAACGGCUAGUGAUAUUCUGUCCCAUAAGAUGCGCCUGUCGCCGACGGGUUCCGUCGGCUUCUCAAACUUUCUUCACGCUACCUCAAGCCAUGGCUGAAGUCCUACUUCCGAGUCGUUGAGGAGGUCCUAGUGGAAUUUCAAACGUUGGACGUCAUAGACUGUUAUAACUAAAUUAUAAAUACACUGUACAGUGAGAGUGAGUACCUACCUUGUAGACUAGAAGGAAUGUGGUUAUUAUCGGUUUCAGGAACAUGCGACCAACUACAGAAUAUCCUCAACAACUGCUUCAACACGUAAGAUUUGUACAUUAUUCUUUUUAAUCCUAUAGAAUCGCAUAUUUUUAUACACACAAACGCAAACAAUCGGUGAUUUGGAAAAUGAUUCAAAAUAUCUUACGCUCCGCUUAACACAUUGUACCAUUCUUUUAACCCUUGUACGAUAGAGCGAAGGGUUACUUUAUUUAGCAAAUUAGUUACGUAUGUUAUUUUAAUUGAAACAGUGAGCAUUCUUUUCGUUUUUAAAUAUCAAAAACAUAUGUUUCGCUAGGAAACAUUUUCGUCAGUUUUUUCGUACUUUAUUUCGCGUAUUUUUUAAGAAUUUGAAAACAACAACAUGUUUAGAGCUAGUAACAUUUUUGUCACUUUUUCGUACUUUAUUAAACGUAUUUUUAUGAAUUUAACUUGAAAACGUACUUUUUAACCAACCGAAAACUUUUCUUGGUGUACUUUUAAGUCAUUUAUUUUUAUUUCGAAUAUUAUGAAUUUUAACUUUUGUUUGGAAACAUUUCAUAUGUUCUGCCUUUUUUCAGUCAUAUUCUUUUAUAUCAUCAAUACUCUUUGGAGUCAUUUUACUUAGAUUUCUACCAAAUAUACAAUAUUAUUAAAAAUAUCUUCUAUUUUUGACAACAGAAGUACAUUUCUUAUAUAUACUGAAAAAAAUAAUUACAGGAAACAUUUUCGAUAGUUUUUUUUAUAGUUUAUUUCACAUAUUUUUCUGAAUUUCAGCUUGAAAACGGACUUUUUGUCCGAAAGCUUGUCUUGGUACUGUUAAAUUAAUUUUUUUUUUAGAUUUUAAAUUUUGUUUCGUAGCUAAUAUUUGUUGUGUUCUGUUUUUUUUUUCAAUCAUCAAAAUCCUACUAAAUACACAAUAUUGUUAACAAUAUUAACAAUAUCUUAUAUUAUACUGAGAAAAGUAAUUCCAGGAAAUAUUUUCUUCAGUUUUUUCGUACUUUAUUUCACGUAUUAUUUUAUGAAUUUGUACUUGAAAACGUACUUGUCUAAUGUACCUACGUCAUACAAAACUGUACUAACCGAAGUGUCAUUUUAAAUCACUUAUUUUUGGAUUUUAACGUUUUUUUUUUAUUUUUAUUUAUCCGCAUCAACCACUCGGGUUAUUAGCGGUACAUUUAUAAUACAAAAUAGAUAGAGCAAAAGAUACAUUUUUAGAAUAUAAGAAUGACAAAAAUAUGGAAAUUAUUUAGAGUUUACAAAGAAAAAUAGAAAUGAAUCAUAAUUUGUUAUACAGUUUACAAUGAUUGAUUUUAACGUUUGUUUGGCAAUUAUUUGUAUGAUCUGUCUUUUUUCAAGCAUUUUUUAUAUGAUCGAUACUCUGGGGAUCAUUUUUACUUAAGAUUUCUACUAAAUAUACAAUAAUAUUAACAAUUCUUCUAUUUUUGCCAAAAAUACAACAUUUUCUCUAUAUACUGAGAAAUCUAAUUAAAUUUUUUAUUUUUAUCUUCAAAUCUGAUCAAUUUACCAUCUUGAAAUGUUUUUUCACACUUUUGAGUAAUUGUUUAUGUUUAAUAUGUAAACUGGAUUAUUAAAUGUCAUUAAGUAUAGGUAAUCUAGACAACUGAUUUCUUUUGGCUAGUACUUGUCGCAGACUGUGUUGAUUUUCUCAUAUUAUAAACACAGAACCAGUCACAUGUUUUUUGGUAAAGGACUUGGCAUAAAAAAUAAUUAUUUGAAUAAUAAUUGCAAUAUUUGGUAGAUUAGUUCCUUGUUGCAUGCUCAAAGGAUUAUUUGUUUGUUAUUUGGAUUCUAUAUAGAUUUUUUAUUCUCUAAUAAUUUUCUUGAAUUUAUUUUAUAAAUUUUAUGCCUUUAAAUUCGUAUAAACCUACUGCAUAUACUCACAGAUUUGUCUUUCCUUGUCCCUUUAGUCGAGCAAUAUUGUAUUUGAAGUUUGAAUCAAGUUUUUUCUUAUUAAUAGUUAUUAUUUUCUUUAUUCAAAUUUUAUCAUUAUUUUUAAUCUCAGGAAAUAUUUUGAAACAUUAAAGUCAUUUUUUCUUGUCAUAAUUGAUCCAUUUGAAGAUUUAAUAUUAUUCUUAUGAAAUAUCAUUUAAUUGUUUUAUAUUCUGUAUUUGCUUGGUCUGUAUGAUAUUUUAAUUGAUAAAAACAGUAAAUUUAUCUUUUUUAUUUAUUAAUUCUUCCAUGAUAGUGUCGAUAGUACCUAACUCUUGAAAAUAUUUCAUAUUAUUCGUAAUUUGGUACCUGAUUCCAGAUCUUGUUUGUAGUAGUGUACUAGCUGGUGUUUCAGUGUUCUGGCUACAUACAUGUUUGUGUCAUGUUUGUAUACCUACGACAAGGAACUGAUUUUUGUUUGAUAUUAUUUAUAUCUCUAACAAAAUAUCUUGCAUUUACUUCAUAGUUCCUCGGUAGAGGUCGCAAAAUAUUAUUUCACUAUAAUUGCCAUACUAGCUCGUGUGUUUUGAUUCAGUUCAGUCUUCUUACAAGUCUCUCUGAUGACGGGUAGACCCUGAAACGCAUGUAAGAGAAUAGUAAGUGACCAGAAUUAAAUCAAAAAUUAAAAAUUUUUAUGAAAAAUUUUUGAGUUAUUUUGUUUAUGUGUUUCUUUCUUUGUAAAAUUUAUCUAAAUCCUUAAAUGACAUUAUUUCGAUUUUAGCCACUUUUCAGCCUAAUAAGCAAUUGUAUCUAUUUUAGAGUAUAGUAUUAAUUAUUAACUUAGCCCUGUGUGUUCUGUGGUAUUUUUGUAGGUAUUGUCUGUGGUCUUUAUACUGUCGACACUUUACGUACUUAUCUUUAAAUUUGUAUUAUUUUUUCCGUUUUUUAAUAGUCUAUUUUUGUCUAUUUCUAAAUUUAUCUUUCUCGUCAAGUCAAUAUUUUAUUUUAUGUUGUUCUUUUCUAAUUUCUCUGCAAGGAUGUAUGAUCCAUCUUCAUUUUUGCCUCUUUCCUUAACUGUUGACGAUUAUGUGCUAUCUGUUUAUGGCUACCUACUGAAUGUUUUUCAUAUCAUCACUUAGCAAUUUGCAAAAGUUUCAUAAAACAUGCAAAAGGUGCUGUAUUGUGUUGUAGGUUGUAACGAUUGUCAACGAUUUCCGAAGUAAAGAUCAAAACGUUAAAAUAAAUUCAUUGUCAACUGAAAUCAGUGGCGGGUAGACGGGGAAAAUGGAAAAAUUUCCCCCUUAAAAAGGUCCAAAAUUUAAAAAAAAAAUGUUUACACAUAAAAAUAUAUACCUAAGCUGACAUGAAAUUUAAACCCCAGACAGACAAUUUCAACCCAAUAAACUAGCUAGUUAAGAAAAUUAAGGGAAUUUAAUGCAUAUAAAUUAAUGCAUUAUUUACUUGUGCAUUUUAUGAAGUUGUGUUUAUCUUUUCUAUCUCUUUUGGUUGGUGUUUCAUUGGAAGUGACUAAAAUUGUGUUUAAUUCCCAUUAAAAAUAGUAAAAACAUUGUAAUUGUCUGAUUUUUUCAAGUAUCAUCAUCAGUAGUAUAGUUCCCGUUGAAAAUAGUGCUCACUUUUUCAUUAUAACAGUGUUUUCUUUGUACAGUUAAUAAAUAUUUUUAAAAUAUUUUAAUUUGAGUAAAUAUGCGAUUCAUUUAUGACUAUUUUUCGGCCAACAUUGGCCAAGAAGUACCGAGAUAUUUAUGUGCAUUUGAUUUCGAAGUAGAUGUGAUAUUGGGGUAGUGGUCGCAUGUCGAAUGUUCCUCCACCCGAUUAUUCUGUAUAUGUUGUUGUACAUAAGAAGUAAAUAAGAGUGAUAAAGUUGCCCAAAAAACGAGCAGCUAUGUAUUAUAAAUUAUAGGCAAAGAAGCUGCUGCGUUGUAAAUAAAAUGAAAUUUUAAAUACCGGUCCAACAAUAGAUGAAAAAAAAUCGUGAUUUAUACCUUAAAAAAAGAACACACCGAGAUGAUGGUUGACGAUAAAAAAUUAAUAAUAUAAGUUUUUAAUGUACAGAAUGUCCUGUUUAUCAAAGUUGUUCUUACGUUGUUAUUAUUUUUUGGUUCGAGUGUCUCGUACAAUAGGGAGGGGGUUGCACCCUGUCCGUUUUUCGCUCCUACACAUUCUAAAAGUGCAAAUUAUGUUUUUAUAAUGAUGUAAAUGGUAAAAAAGGUUUUCCUUUUAACAAAAGGUUUUCGUUUUAACCAAUUCUGAUUAUUUGGAAAAAUUUGUUUGCGAUGUGUGACUAAUGAUUUUUUAUGACACUUUUACUACUAUUCUUUAUUGAAAUUUAUGUAAACUGCUUUUAUUUAAUACUUAGAAUAUUUAAAAAUAUAGAUAUAAACAAGGUACAAAAUGCUGAAACAGUCUAAAUCUUAUGAACACAAAAUUUACUAUUUUUAUUGGGAAUAAGUCAUAAUUUUGCUUUAAAAUAGGUUACCUAUUUGACGAUAUUUUGAGAAUGAUUUCUAAAGUGGAAAUUGAAACGUCAAAAAAUAAGCUUAUAUUUAAAGUAAAAUUUCGACUUAUUCUCAAUAAAAAUAGUAAAUUAUACUAUUUUACUACUGUUUUAUAUUGCAAUUUAUAUAAACAAUAUUUUAUUUAAUAAAUUCUAAAAAAUAUACCUAGAUGUUAUAAAUAAUGUGCAAAAAGCAGAUACAGCAUAAAUCUUAUAAAAAAGAACACUAAGAAAGUAGUUUCCAAAUUAUACAAAUUUACAAUUUUUAUUGGGAAUAUGCCAUAUUUUCCUUUAAAAUACGUUUAUUUGACGUUUUUGAAUACUGAUAUUUUGAGAACGUUAUUUUGAGUAUUUUGAGAACCAUUUCCUAAGUGACAAUCGAAACAUCAAAUAAACUUAUUUUCAAGUAAAAUUGUAAAAAAGCUGUGGUUUACUCCCAAUAAUAAAAAAGGAAAAUUGCAUUAAAAACCACAAGAAACAGCUUCAUAAAAUCUCCACAUUGAAGAUAUUUUCCACGAAAAGAAGCUUUAUUAUUUGUAAACAACGUUGAAUUUACAUGAAGUCGUCUUAUUUCAUUUUUUCUGUUUUUUUGUGAUCACCUGUUUUCUAAAUGUUUCUUUUACAUUUUUAUGUAUUUUAUUCGGUUUUUUCGCAUGUUCUCAUAAGUAUCCAACAAAAAAUUUAUAAAAUAGAAUCCUUCAUACUAAUGUAUUAGAUCUUGGAAAAUGGUGACGAUAUUUUCAUUAGAUGCACAUCCUAUUAUGUUCUGUUUUCUUGUAUUAAUAGAAAUGAUUUUUUCCAUUCUGGUGUAAAUAAUUUUUGUCUAAAAUUCUCUAAACAAUUGUUACAAACAAACUAUUACAUUUACAAUUCAAAUCGAUUUCAUACUGUCUUUACAAUGAGUUUUUUAUUAUCAUGUUCUUGCCAUUUAUCUUCCAAUCCUGUUUUUUAGUCUUACUUGAAUUUAUUAUUACUAAUCUUACUAUUUACUCUUCCUUAGAUACUUACUUAAUUUUUUUUUAUUUUCUCAAUAUAACAUUCCUCAAUACAUUCAUAGAAAAGUUUAUAACUGAUUUCUCAUUACACCAGAUCAUUCCAUCAGUUGAAAAUUCAAAAAUAUUACCUUCAAUUUCUUUUGCAGUCCAUUUUUAAUAUAAAUGCUAAUAAAAAACUGUCCAUCAAUGUAAAACAUUCCAAAAUUAGUUCCCAUUUAGCUGUUAUUAUGUAGUUUAGGGAUAGUUAACACGCUAUCAAUUUUGGUACUAUAAAUCUCCAUUAAAUAACAUUUUUUAUGAUACUAUCGAGAUUUUUUAACAAUGUGGAUUUACCUCUCUUUUUUAUCUCUUGAUCUGUUUUUUAUACAGUUUUUUAAUUGAGUUGUUCCCUAUCAUCAUCGACAUAAUAUUUAAUAAUGCAUUUAUUUCUCCCAGAAUUGGUUUGUCGAAAAUGCUUGUCUUUGGUUUGGUAUAUUUUUUCUUUGAGAAAUUCAUCUUACGAAAAAAGUGUUCUACAAUUUAAACAAACUCAACAAUUAUUCAAAUUCUAUUUUUGUCCAGUGUUCAUUUCUGUAGUUGAAUUUAUCGAUGAUUCAUUCAUAUAUUCACUCGCAAUAACUAUACUCUGCUAAAUGAUUCUUUUCGUUGUGAUUUUUGCCGUUUUUCUUGAAAUUUACAGACAUUCAUUCCUGUUACAUUACGAAGAUUAAUCGAACAUCAGUAUAAGUAGAAGAAACAAGAAUUGAAAAUGUUGUAACAGGCAAAAUAAAAGUCAAAAAUAAUCAUGUGAUAUUCUGUAAAAACUAGAAGGCAAUGAUACAAAAUCCAACGGCUAUCCAAUGACUAUUUGACUUUUUUUGUAAUCCUCGUGAUCUUACUAAAAUAUUUUUAGAGCAUAUAGGUGAGUUUCUUUUGGUCGAAAAAGGUCUAUUUUAUAACCACAAACUAAAACGUGUUUUAAUCCAGAGAUUAUGAUGCCAAUAUGCUAUGUUUAAAAAUUAACUGAAAAUUCUCCAUGGCAACCUAUUUUAUUUAUAUAUUAUAUAUUUUAUAACCAUUUAAAAAAAUAUAUAAAAAAUAUCUUUUGGUUUCAAACCUACUUUUUUAAUAAUAAUUUGGGUUAUUUGAAGACAAAAAAUGUUCUGGUGUUUUUUUUUCGUAAUAUGCUUUACUUUAAGCGUAAAAUGAAAAUAAAUAAAUAAAUAAAUAAUGCCGACAAGACCGAAAUUUAACGUUUAUCGAGACCAUUUUUCAAUAAGCUGGACAUCGAAUAAAAAAAAAGAAAAUAUGAGAUGAAGGCUUAAGCGGAGUAGUUUCAAAAUGCACAAUUCCAUUUUGAUGUUAGAUUGCAAAAAACAGUUAACAAAUCUAGACUUUACAGACGUCUUAUCUCUAACGUUCCAAACACAUUGAUUAUUUCUUACCCAAAAGCUUAAUAUUGUUUUAAUCGAAAGAAUGUGAUUCUUCAACAUUACAGCGUUUACAAUAUAAAGUUAAAUUUGUAAAGAAAUUGAGCCCAUCAAAAUCAAAACCUGCUAAAUCCUAAAUUUUUCGUUCUGCUGAAUCCAAAUUAUAGUACAAAUUUCUGAAGAUGUAAGGGGCAUACAGUAAAACGACAAAUUAGUAUGCAAUUUUAUGAUAUUUAUUGAUGACCCUUUGAUUGAGAAAUGCUGGAUACUUUUUGGAAAAUUGACAUUUUUAAUGUUUUUUUAGCCUCCUGACAAAAUUUUAAAACAUGGAUCUAGCAGGUUUUGAUUCUAUAGGCCUCAAUUAAUAAAUCAGCAAGUUCCUGUGGUAAACUUUGGGUAAACUUUUUAUUAUAAUGUAGCUUCAUAUUCUUUCUAAUCUAUUUAUCCAUUUUUUAAACUAACUUAUGCCAUAUAAAAUGAAACUGAAAAUAUGCAUUUUGAUAUUACUUAACUUUAUGCUUUCAUCCCAUAUUUUUUUGUUUUUUUUUUAAUUCGAGUCCAACCUAUUGAAAAGUGGCCUCGAAAAUUAGUAAAAUGGCUUUUUUCGGCAUUUUUAUGCAUUCAUUCAUUCAUGCAUUCGUUCAUUUGCAUUUUACGCUUAAAAUAAGCAUUUCGUCUUAAAAUAACCUAAAUUAUUAAAAACAUAUAAAAUAUAUUAUCUAUUAUUUAUAUUUAUAAAAUACACUCACCGGCAAAAUUCCGCACCCAAAAUUUUUGAUUAAGUUUGACAAUUUAUAACUUUAUUAUUUGUACUCCGAUUUUCAAGAUUCUUGCAUCAGUUUGUAGGUACAUGUAUUGAGGUCGUCUGUUAUUAUUCCGAUAACAAAAUUUUUUUGCUUAGGUGGAAUUAUACGGGGGUGAACGGAAGCGUUAUUUUUUCUUCUAACGUUAAAAAAUUCUGUGGAAAAAUUGGAGAGCUAAUUUUAUUUCAUACUGCUUUUGUGUUAUCCUGGAGAUAUCACUAAGGUUUUGUUUUUUGAAUUAUUUGAAUAUCUCUUGUCUUGUAAGAGCUGCAAAUAAAAACACUGAUUUGAAGGUUUAUUUCACUAAAAGUAGCAACAGCACUAAAAUUAACAAAACAAAACAAAAUUAACAACAAAACAAAACAGUUCAAUAGCUGGUAUGUCCACUUCUUGCAACAACGACUGCUCGCAAUCUGUUUAGCAUCGAAUAAAGAUGUGUUAUCCUUGCCUGUACCAAAUUUUCUGGAGGCAUAGGAUAACGGCGAAUAGCUUCUUUUAAUUCACCCCAUAAAUGCUCAAUCGGAUUGAGAUCUGGGCAGCAUGCGAGCCAUUCUAAUCUUAUCAAUCCAACCUCUAUUUUAUGAGUCAAUCAGUGUUUUUAUUUACAAAAAAUGGUACAGCUCUUACAAGAAAAGAGAUAUUCAGAUAAUUCAAAAAACAAAAUUUUAGUGAUACCUCCGGGAUAAUAUGACAGGACUAUGAAAAAAAAUCAGCUGUUCCAUUUUUCCACAGAAUUUUUUAAAGUUAGGAGAAAAUACAACGCUUCCAUUCACCCUUGUAUAAUGUCAUGCAAGCAAAGUUUUUUUGUUACCGGAAUAAUACAAAACGAUACCAAUACAUGCAUGUACCUACAAACGGGUGCAAGAAUCUUGAAAAUAGGAGCACAAAUGAUAAAGUUAUAAAUUGUCAAACUUAAUCAAACAUUUUGGGUGACGCAAUUUUGUGCCGGUGAGUGUAUAUAAUUAUUAUAAAAAAAUAGCAAUUUUUUAUAAUUGUUUAAAAACUUAUGCCAUGGCUGAUAUGGAUAAUUUUCAGUAUUUUCGGUAAACAAGUUUCAUCUUGUGGGUAUGAAAUUAACCUUUUUUGGCAAAACCCACCCCCAUUAUAAAAAAUUAUGCAAGAUACUGUAUCCACUUUACAUUAAUAAUAUUAAAAUCUAGUUUAAAUACAAGUAUUUCCUGAGUAAACCUAUUCAGAGAAAUAAAGAAUGGAUUGAUCUGCACUUGAUUUAAUAAUAAUUUAUUCCUUUUAAAUUCAAUUUUAAAAUUUUCAAAAUAAACACAUACUUUUUUUGUAUUUUUCUUAUAAUUGUAACGACAAAUGUGAAGUUAAAUCAUUUUUAAUAAUAAUGUAUGUCGAAAACCUUUUUUACCAUUGCAAAAAUAUUUUUAUAACAAGUAGUGUCACACACAUUAUUAGGCGUUUUACCAUUAUUAAAAAUUAUUAUGUAAAGUUUUGUGAUUAUUAUCGUGGGAAGCUCAAUAUGAUGAAUUUUUUCGUCUAAAUCUCUUUAAAUUAAAGGCAAAAUAUCACAAUAGUUUUAUUUAGAAAAAAUAAGAUUGGCAAUAGACUUUUGAUUGAUGUAACCGAAGUGUUCUGUUAGAAAUUGUACUUUGUAACUGUUGUCAAUCUGUAUUUCGAAUUUUCUUCUCAUUUAAGCUCAAAAUCGGAAUUCCAAAGUUACUAGAUAUUUGCCUUUAAUACAAAAGAUUCUUCCUAAUUUAAUGCAAUAUUAUUGUUUGCAAGAAAAUCUUAAAAUAUUAUUUUAAAUUUGUUUUGUUGCAUGGACUUAUGAUUUUUAUUCUGUUUCGAAUCAAAAUAAUACCACAAGGGCUUUCACAUAAGUUACUGUACUGACGAAUUUUCCUAAAAAUUUCUAUUUCUUUAAAAUUAUUUCCAAAAGGAAAAUACUAAAAGUUCUUGUUCGCAAAAUAGUAUUAUUGAUAUACCAAAAGAAAAACUGGUAGUAAAAAUAAAAUAUAUAUUAAAAAGGGAGUAAAUACUGUUAUUAAAUAAACAACGAACAAUGUUAUGUUGAUUUAAAAUCAAAUUUUAGUUUUUAGAUGACACUUUGGAGACGAUUUUUUAUUUUAUUAUUAAAAACCUAUAAAAUUUGGUGAAUCCCAGAUUAAAUUAGAAUUUUGCAAAUGUUUCACGUGCCAAAAAGUUGUUUUUAUUUCAAAUAUCAAUGAAAUUUUAAGAUUUUUUACAUUUGCUAUGAAUUAAAAGAUUUUUUAUUCUACAUUUAAAAUGUUCUCAGUAUGAUUUAUAUUGUUUCUUUAUUGUCAUUGCAUCUUAUGAUGAAUCAUCUAUCUUAAUUCUACUUGCUUGUGGCAUUUGGUCGUGACAUCUUUGUAACAAACCCUCCCUUUCUAAUAAACUCCAAUAAAAAAAUCAUGUAUGCUUAAUACAUGCUAGUUUAUCUUCUCCUAGAGGACUUUUUCUGGUAUAAUACAUGGUUUUAUAAGUCUAUAACGCCUCAUGAUCAUUUCAUGCUAAAUAAUGCUUAUGGACCUUUCAAUAUUUUUCUCUAGUUAAUGAGUACCUACUAUUCGAGUACCUAUUCAUUUCCUCAUGCAUCAGAUAUGACUUAAUUAGAUAUAUGUUUCAAAAGUUUUCUGAUAUUCUUCUCAAAAUAUUCUUCAUAACCUUCUUAAUCUUCUUUAAGUUCCAUCUCCGCGACGGAGGUCGGCAAUCAUCAUAGCUAUUCGGACUUUGAGAAGGCUGCUCUGAAAAGUUUAUUUGAUGUACACCCGUACCAUUCUUGCAGGUUGCGUAGCCAUAAUGUUCUAUUAUUGUACGUCUCCUUAUACUUCUUUCUCUUUGGAUCUUUCACUUUAUAAUCAGUUGGAGCAAGUUUUAUCUCACUUUAUGUGGAAUCGUCUUUUUCUUCAGCCUGUUUGCAUCCACUACUGGACAAAGGUCUCCCCAUGAGCUCUCCACUCUUUCUGUUUUGUGCUAUUUGGUGCCAGUUUCUUCCCACUUUGGCCUUGAUCUUGAUGUCGUCUAGCCAUCGUUUUUGUGGUCCUCCACUACUACGACUGUGUUCGCGUGGUCUCCAAUGUACAAUGCUUCUCGUCCACCUGUCGUUGUUUUGCCGUGCCACGGGUCCUACCCAGUUCAAUUUCAUUUGCGCAAUUCUUCCAAUUUUACAUCUUCCACUUUCGUCCUGCUUCGCACGUCAUCGUUUCGUAUAUGUUCUCUCAGAGACACUCCCAAUAUAGCUCGUUCGAUUGCCCUCUGUGUUGUUCUUAAUCUAUUGGCUGACAAUUCUGUAAGUGUCACGGUGCGACCACUCUGUAAGUGGUCCAUGUGCAAUAAGUCUGAGAUAUUCAAAUUCUCUUGUUUGUUUUCAUAGCAUUUUGUUCGACAUUGGAUCCGUUUAUUAGAAGAUUUCCGUCAUUUCUUUGAGUUUUUGAUAUUCUUAUAAACUUUGUCUUCUUCACGUUCACUGUUAGACCGUAUUUUCCAUAUUCCAUAUUCUGGUCACCAGUUUCUGAAGAUCUUCAAUGUUUUCAGCUAAGAUGAGAGUGUCAUCCCCAUAUUUAGUUGUUAAUGGGGACAUUGAGUGUCUUCAUGACUAGGUUAUAAAAAAUCAAUGAUCUUUUCGCAUGUGCUUCCAGUACUAACUGUGUGCCAUAAUUUAUUCCUUCUACAUGUCUUGCUGUAGUGGGUUUGACAAAUAUUUACUUUUUCAGUACCUACCAAAUAUUUGAAAUUUACUCACAACAAAAUUUGAAUCACCAAUAAAAGUUUUUAAAAAACCUGGUCUGAUGGAAGUUUUGCAAUGUUUGUAAAGCAAUAUUUUGCUUCAUUCUGUUUAAUAUAAUUUCCUCUUUGGAAUUUUCACAUUCAAAUAUGACGUAAACUGUAUUAAUCUUAAUCCCUUAUUUUGAUUCUUCUUCGCUACCGAAUUAACCUUUAGUCAUUCCAUCUUCACAGGAAUAUAAUGUCCAUCAACUCCUCUUGGCAUAUCCCUUUUCUCCAUUUGGAUUGUAAUUGCAUGGUUUUUUAGUAGUCUUUUCUUUUCCAUUCUGUAAACAUAUUGUCUUUCUUUAUCUGCCUAAUCAGUUCAUUUUUGCUUAUUUAUAUCCUUUAACUCUGUUUCUUUCUAUCUUUCUUUUUCAAGCAAAUUUUCGAGAUUUGCCAAACGUAUCAUUGAAUUGUAAACUACCAUUCCAUUCGUCAUCGUGCUUCAUUUUGUUUAAGUACCAAGUAUUGUUUAUUCAUACUGACACGCUUCUUAAAAGUACUAUAACUAUAAGUUACUAUAUGCUAGUGAAGACAUACUAAGGAGAAAUAAUGAGGGACAAAGUUUGAUAAUGUCAAAUGUACUGUUUGAUAAAUAGGCUACGGUAACUAAGUAAAAUAUCCACAGAUAACUGGGAUUUUGUAAUUUUGUAACUUCUAAUAAAAAUAAAAUAUAAUGAAGUAUUUUUUAGUAAAUUAUUUUAAAAAUAAAAGUCAAACAUUGCGAUUAAACAGACAAAUAAACAAUUGCAAAGAACUGACGAGUAACAAAAGCACCCUGUGGUAUUAUUUGGAUGAACUAAAAGAGAAAAAAAUGUUUUUACUUUGAGAUAUUUGUAAAUACUUGUUUUAUUUAAUAAAUUAUUUAUAAAUCUUUUAAAAUGUGUGUUUUUGAAUACACCCAGUGAUAUAUUAGGAUGUUGUCUGGGGUGCAGCCUCUUCACAUGAAUAAUUUUUCUACAAUCCGUACUGUAGUUAUAUAAAAAAUAUUCAAGGAUUAAUUUCAUAUGUAUAUUAUUAUUAUGAUAAUUAUAUCGUUGUACGGUGUGACAUUAAAUCGAUUUUUCGUUUUUAAAACAA